AUAUAAACAGCUGCAAGGGAAACACGGCUGGAUUAUCAGGGGCGCGCGCUUUUAACACUUGUGGAGGAGUUCGUGUGGGGUUUUUGGCAAGCGGUUUCCAGAACAGCUUGUGACCGCUCCCGCCUAGACUUGAAAUGCCAAACUGGGGAGGUGGCAACAAGUGUGGGGCCUGUGGCAGAACAGUGUACCAUGCAGAAGAGGUUCAGUGUGACGGGAGAAGUUUCCACAGAUGCUGCUUUCUUUGUAUGGUCUGCCGGAAAAACUUAGACAGCACAACAGUAGCCAUCCAUGAUGAAGAGGUGUACUGUAAGUCUUGUUAUGGAAAGAAGUAUGGUCCAAAAGGCUAUGGCUAUGGCCAAGGAGCAGGCACCCUGAAUAUGGACAGAGGAGAGAGGCUGGGCAUCAAGCAUGACAAUGCACCUUCUCAUCAUCCUACAAGAAGUCCAAAUACUUCAAAGUUUGCCCAAAAAUUUGGAGGAUCAGAGAAAUGUUCCAGAUGUGGCGAUUCUGUGUAUGCCGCUGAGAAAGUAAUAGGAGCGGGCAAGCCUUGGCACAAAAACUGUUUUCGCUGUGCCAAGUGUGGGAAAAGUCUUGAAUCAACAACUCUGACAGAGAAGGAAGGUGAAAUAUAUUGCAAAGGUUGUUAUGCAAAGAACUUUGGCCCUAAAGGAUUUGGCUACGGCCAGGGAGCUGGUGCUCUUGUUCAUGCUCAGUGAUUUGCUAAUAUCAUUGCACUGAAAUGGUUCUGUAAUUACAGGAUAAAACUUAAAUGCUACUAAUUACUGUGAAACUGAUAGUGUCCUGUGCUAUUGCUUUGUCUUAAAGUAUUGCAUAUUUCCAAGCCUUAAAGCACACUUUUACAUGCCCUGUUAAUUGAUUUCAAUAAAACCUUGUAUUUAGAAGAUUAAUGCAUUGAAAGGUUUGCUGGAGAAAAUUGUUAUGCACCUACUGCUUACAGAACUAUAUAUAUUGCUUUCCUAGAGACAUUUGAAGUGUGGCAUUAGAUGAUUGCUGCCUAAACAAGCACUUCAUGGUGACAUGGGAAAAUUGGAGUACAAGCAUGUUAAUCCACUAUAGCCAAAGAUGUUAAGGAUUCACAAUAGCCCUGUUCAGGCAUUAACCUCCCUAAUUAUUCCAAGUGCUGAGAAUAAUAAGGGGUAGGGAGAAAGAAAAUGGUGAAUGCUCAGUGGCCAUGAGGGAGGUAACUUCUAAAGCAGAUUGCCUCCAUACUCAUAGAGCCUCUAUGAUUUAGAAUCCUGAUGUUGCAGGACUCUAAAUUGCAUGGGGAGACCCCACAAGUAGAGCAGAUUCCAGUCUGGAGGAUGGAAUCAUGCUAGAGGAAGUUGGGCCAACCAGCAUGUUCUCACCCUGCCCCUCUUGUAGUUUUAAUCACAGGGGAUGAAUACCUGAAUAGGACUAAUCUAAAUGUCCUAACAUAUACUUUUAGUAGCAGUAGUGCUCUUUCUCUAGCCCAUGCCAAAGUGGCCUGCUUUUAUAGCAUAUAUGCAUGUAGUGUUGAAUAAAAUCACAUGUUUUAGACUUCUGUUCUAUUUCACUGCAGGACUAGGAAAAGAACCAUGGUUUGGAACCCAAGAUGUUUAACUUAGGAAACUUCCGUUCUGUGACCUUCCUUAUCUUUCCCCCUUGCAUUGUAGCUGCCACUGUGGAGUGUCAUAAGGCUCUCUGGAGAGAGAUUGGGUGGGGCACAAGGGGAGAAAACUCUAUGAACUCUCUUGAGUUUACUAUGGAAUCCAAGCCUAUGUUAAAGGCUACAUUUAUUAGAACAUGAAAGCCUGAAGUUUUGUCCUUACUCUUUUGAAGAUUGAUGUUUUGAAUAGCCUGUAGUGUUAGCGCACAGCCAUUAUGUUGCACUAUAGGUAAUUGGCUCGGGUUACAAUGUUUUGGAUUAUAUAUGGGAACAAAAGUGUCAUUCAGAAAGUGUUAGACAUUUGAAAAGGGACCAGCACAUCCAACCACUUACUUGCGUAUCUCCAAGGUAAAGCAGUUCACCAAGGCAGUUAUUUCAAGGGACUGAAGCAGGCAGGACAAUUACAGAGAAACCAAAGUUUUUAUUUGUUAAAUAAAUGUCUUACCCAAAGUGUGAAGUUUUUUUUGUUAGACAGCUAAAAUGCUUUGUUUCGGUAACUUGUUCCCCUCGCUGUGCUUCCUUAUUAAGUUUCACUAUAGGGGCUUAAACUGCUAAACACAUAAGACCUAUGGGCUUGCUAUUUUUUGCAGGAUGAACUGGGUUAAUAUAUAUAUCACUUCAAGCAAAGAUGCUAUUUUGCUUUUGUUAAUCAUUCAAGUUUGCUUGAUAUGCUUAUGUACAUCAUGUGUGUUCUAUAACUUUGCUUCAAAAAUUUCAGAAGUAUACAUGUCAACAAUAAAUGGUUAGACUGUCAAUGAAAUGACUUCAUGUCUCCUUUCAAAAUCAA